GAUCAGAUUUUGGGCUGGCAAAGUCAGGAGUACGUUCCUCUGGGCUUGGGCGGGGGGCUUCCUGCUGGCACAGUCACCUGAACCCAGCGCCACCAGAAAAGGAUUAACAGCGUCUUUACGGAGUUUAGUCUUCACUUCAGGGAGGAGACACCUGCAGGGUGAUUGAUUGAUUAAUGGACCACACCUCCCACUGGCGCUCCAGUCUCCUCCUCCUUCCUUCCCCUCCCCCUCCUCGGCCCCCCUUAAUUCUGGGCGCCUUGGGCCAUCCGGCCAGUUCAGAAUUCUCCCGGACAAGUGGAGAGAACGCGUAGAGCCUGGCAGAGGAAAGAUCUUCCCUGUGGCCCCAAGCAUAAGCGACACCAGGUGCGGCUGCUGUUACAGAAGCAAGGAUGGCCCCUGCAGCAACUUCGGGAGGUGGCUCCCUGCCCAGCGGCUUCUCUGUUCUGGCUUCCUUCCCGGACCUACUUUUCAUUUUUGAAUUUAUAUUUGGAGGCUUGGUCUGGAUUCUGGUGGCCUCUUCUAGAGUACCAUACCCAAUGGUUCAGGGCUGGGUCAUGUUUGUGUCAGUGUUCUGCUUCGUGGCCACAACCAUCUUGCUCUUUCUCUACUUUGUCGGUGCUCAUGGUGGAGAUGCUUCCUGGAUACCCUUGGACGUGUCCUAUCAUUUGAUUGCAGCUCUUUUUUACCUGAGUGCUUCAGUCCUAGAAGCUUAUGCUACAAUUCGUUUAAAGGAUUCAAUGAAUUAUUCUCUAAUGGGUGGAUUUAAUGAAACCUUUAAACAUUACCAAGAAAACAUCUCUGCAGUGGUAUUUGCAUAUGCUGCCACUCUGAUAUAUGUGGUCCAUGCAGUAUUUUCUUUAAUCAGAUGGAAGUCAUCAUAAAGUCCUGUGGAAGUUUACCCAAAAAUCCAGAAGGUGUUAACUGAUUGGCCAUCCUUCCAGGGUAGCUUUUUAAAAGUUGGGGAUGCUUAAAUGGAUCUCUGUUCUCUUGUACAAAAUGGGGGUUUGGGGAUGGAAACCUAUCUGUUUUUUGUUGGUGUUUAUCUUUACUGCCUCACAUAACUAACUAUAUAUAGAGAGUCAGGGGCUUGCUGUGUUUAUUCCCAAAUAUUGACUGCUUUUUCUCAUCAUUAUUUCCUGUAUAUGAGGUGCUAGGGAGAAGGUAGAUGGCAAAAUGAGAUUCCUCAGACCCCUAUGCUGAGUCCCAAGAACCCUAGAUGAUAUCUUCCCAUGGCCAUUUUUGAUCUCACUCACUAUCCCAGUACAUGGUUUUAGAUCCUUAGGGAAUCUUGUCUGUGCGAGGGUCCCAACAGAUUCUUUCUGCAACCAACAGCAAAUGAUGUAUCAGCCAUGGAAGGGGAGAUGAGCUAUGAAACAAUAUAGAUACCAAGGAUACAGCCUCUACAUCCUUUAGUUUUUUUCUUUAUGAAAUAUUUUCAUACCAGUUUUCUUGUAAAAAUCUCCAGCCUCAACCAAGACUUCCAGCCAUGGUUUACAUGAAAUCCCUUGGUUAUAAUUGAAUGGUGCCUCCCUGACCCAGUAAAGCUCAGAUAGCAAAUAUGUGUAUUGACAUUAUCCUAUGCCUCUCAGAAAAGUAGGAUUCGAGGAAUUUUUUUACAGUAUCCCCGCUGAGCAUCUCCGUGGAAUGGUGUUAGUCUUUGAUAACCCCUUUUCAAGUUUUGUUUUGUUUGUAUUUUCCAAUAUCACUUCUCUACUUCAUCUGUGAUUUUCAAAAUGCCAUUAUCUAUCAAAUAUUUGUGGAGUGGCCAUUGCAGGCCCACCUCUGUUGACAGUCAUCUUUACAACACCUCCUUUACUACAAGGCAAAAUGAAUUUUGCUGUCCUACCAAAAUAUCCUUUAAAUCAGGAAAAAAUUAUCCCAACUGGGUUAUUUUGAUUGUUUGUAUUAAAAAAAAAUCCACUCAGAAACUGUCUUUAGAGAGUGGGGCAAGUAUUUUGUUCAAUAGAUUUUCAAAUAUCAGUGACAACAAUAAACUCUAUUUUCAACAA